AUGAAGCGCUUUGGACCCGACGAUGCUCUGCCACAGGACCUGCGGAAGCUGCAUGAGCUGCUCCGCGAAGACCUCUCUUCUCUGUUUCACAAGCAGGAGAUAAAGAUGCGCGAGUUGUUGAAGGUUCCUGGUCAACAGAGGCCAUACGCGGACGUUCAUGAUCGGAACUUCUCGUCCGACAACUUGCCACCAAGCUCUUUUGGCAGCGAAGCGGCAGAUGACCUUCCAGAAGAGAUGCUGCCGGAAGGAUCUAAGCUGCCACCUCGGCCGACCAGCACGGCCAAGCAGAUGCCGACCGAGUCCGGCACCGCCGGCACUUGGGCGGUCAGAGCCGACAGCAGCAGACUCCUGGGUGUCAUGCCUGACCAUGGGAGCGGGUACACUGGAGACCCACAGGAGGCACUUGUCCCCGGCACCGUCCAAGAUGGCGGCGAGGGGAAGCCGCCGGGCAAGUCAACAGAGCAUGGUCGUCGAUUAAGUGUCCGGAAGACUGCGAAAGAGCAGGAGGAAGAUCCAGCGCUGAAAGAGAUCCGGAUGAAAAAUGGGUUUAUGGGUGGUCCUCACGACAAAGAGACGCGGCUGGAUGAAGAAUUAUACAACGUCACCAACUUCUACAAGACGACGGGUUGUUCUCAGGCCAUUGCCCGCAGCGAGAAAUUUGAGCGGAUUACCCUGCUCGUCAUUAGUAUCAACGCUGUAUACAUUGGCGUGGAUGCCGAAUUCAAUCCAGCGGAGACGAUGCUGGAUGAGAACGCCGUGUGGCCCUUUCAGGUCUGCGACAACCUAUUUUGUACCUUUUUUACUUUCGAGCUUCUCAUUAGAUUUUCAGCGUUCGCGUUGAAGAGAAACUGUUUACGUGACAAGUGGUUCGUCUUCGACACAUUGCUGGUGUUGCUCAUGAUCGCGGAGACAUGGGUGUUGACGAUCAUCAUUGCCGUCAUGGGAGCGAGCACGUCCAUGCCGACAGGUCCUUUACGACUGCUUCGGCUGCUACGCCUUAGCCGCUUGGUGCGUCUCAUACGAUCAGCUCCGGAGCUGCUGACCCUCAUCAACGGCAUGCGCGUGGCUUCGAGGGCUGUCUCCUCUGCCUUGCUGCUGAUCGGUUUGAUCACCUAUGUGUUCGCAAUUGUCUUGCUCAUGUUCCUGAAGCCAGUUGCUGAGAACGACGACAGAAUAGCCGAAGCCUUUGGCACCUUGGGUUUCUGCAUUUGGACGCUCAUACUGGAUGGGACCUUUAUGGAUGGAACCAAAGACAUCGUCAACGACCUGAGGACGCUGCCGGACAGGACUGAGGAGCAUUGGAUGCUGGGCUGGGCAAUGAUCUUAAUCUUCUUUGCGUACGUCUUGCUGACAAACGUAACGGUUAUGAAUAUGCUGAUUGGCAUCCUGUGCGAAGUUGUGUCUGAAGUCAAACGAGGAGACGAGGAGGGUCUCGCGAUCGACUUCAUGAAGGGACACCUCCGGUCAAUGCUGACUGAGCUCGACAAGGAUGGCAACGAAAAUAUCUCGAAGAUGGAACUGGCCGCUGUCGUUGAAGAUGAGAAGGCCCAGAAAGUUCUCUCCGAACUUCAGGUCAAGCCUGAGGAUGUAAUCGACUUGACGGAGUACCUCUUCGAACAAGACCAGGAUGCCGGACGAGAGCAAGAAGUCACACGCGAAGAGCUCCUGGAAGUGAUUCUGAAGAUUCGUGGUGGCCGAGAGAUCUCCAACCAGGACAUCAUCGACGUUCGUUGUGAUGCUUGUCUGCAGCAAGCUGACAUUCGGCGAAUCGUCCAGCGGCAGACCGGCUUGGUCUUGAAGGAAAUGGGGCAUCUUUGUCGGCGGAUUGGGAGGAUCGAAGACCGUUUCUGGCAACUGGGCAGGCGAUGCUGUUUGUCUUUGAGUUCGGCGACUGGCGCAUGUCAUGCCGAAGUGGCAGCUCUGCAGCUGAGGUAG